GCGCACGUGCGGGAGGCGGCCUCUGGCUGCGCUGGGCUUGACGGUUGCCAGGGUGACAGGGCUACAGCAGGGCGGCCCGAUACCACCCGUUAGGAUCCUGCGGCCCCAUCCGACCAGACCAGCGAUCACCACGGAGGUCCUAGUCCGGGACCCUGCCUCGGAGGAGUGGAAGCCAGGGACCACCCUCCCUGCCCCUUUCUUCUCCGUCCAGUGUCAGCACGGGGUUGUCGCCGGCUUCCGCAUCGAGGAUGAAAAACUACAGAGUAAUCGGCAAAAUAGGCGAGGGGACGUUUUCGGAAGUGGUGAAGAUGCAGAGCCUGCGAGACGGACACUACUACGCAGGCAAGCAGAUGAAGCAGCCCUUCGAGAGCCUGGAGCAGGCGAACAGCCUCCGGGAGGUCCGAGCCCUGCGGCACCUGAACCCGCACCCGCACAUCCUCACGCUGCACGAGGUGGUCUUCGACAGAAAAUCUGGGUCUCUUGCGCUGAUAUGUGAACUUAUGGACAUGAAUAUUUAUGAGCUGAUACGAGGGAGAAGACGCCCGCUGUCGGAGCGCAAGGUGGCGCGCUACGCGUACCAGCUGUGCCGCGCCCUGGACCACGUGCACAGGAGUGGGAUAUUUCACAGAGAUGUCAAACCGGAAAAUAUAUUAAUAAAGCAGGACGUCCUGAAGCUCGGGGACUUCGGGUCCUGCCGCAGCGUCUACGCCGAGCAGCCGCACACCGAGUACAUCUCCACCCGCUGGUACCGCGCCCCGGAGUGCCUGCUCACGGACGGCUGCUACAGCUACAAGAUGGACCUGUGGAGCGCCGGCUGCGUCCUCUACGAGAUGGCCAGCCUGCAGCCCCUCUUCCCCGGGGUCAACGAGCUGGACCAGAUCUCGAAGAUCCACGACGUCAUGGGCACCCCGCCCGCCAAGACCCUCACCAAGUUCAAGCAGUCGAGAGCUAUGAGUUUUGAUUUUCCUUUUAAAAAGGGGUCAGGGAUACCUCUCCCGACGGCCAGCCUGUCCCCGCAAGGCCUCUGCCUGCUGCGCGCCAUGGUGGCCUAUGACCCCGACGAGAGAAUCUCGGCCCACCAGGCCCUGCAGCACCCCUACUUCCGGGAGCAGAGGGCGGCGGAGAAGCAGGCUCCGGGCAGCCACAGAGACGCCGUCUUCCCCGAGUGCCCCGGGGCCGAGGACCCGCCCUGCGGCAACUGGCAGGCCUCCAAGGAGAGCAGAAAGCAGCAGUGGCCCCUGAAGCAGCAGGAGGACCGGCCCGGGAGGCCAGCACCCGCCGCCCGGACGGAGCUGCCCAGACUGAAGCUCUCAGGGAUGAUCAGCCUGCCGUCCCCCCGCCUGGCGCUGCCCCCCGUGUUUGGAGUCAGAGGGCACGGGCGGCCCCGCGGCUGAAGCCCCUGGAGUGCGGGGACGCAAACCAGAAGGUAGCACCUCAAGGGCUCCCCUGAGCGCAGCGGCCGCCGCCACGCGGGCCAGCACUGAGCGGCCGCCGUCUCUCCACCAGACAGACCCGCAGCCCGCCGCGCAGAAGGA